GUGGUGCUUCGACAUGGCUGGAGACGAUUUUGCCAAAGCUUAAUGCUGGUCGGGCUCCCUUGGUCCUGGUUCGACCAUGGCCAACGAAAAGGCGGAAUGGGUCGAGAUAAUCGAGCCUCGCACCAAGGAGCACAUGUACGCCAACCUGACGACGGGCGAGUGCGUCUGGGACCCACCCAUAGGCGUCAAAAUCAAGCUGACCGAUGACAACCAGUGGUGGGAGUUGUUUGACCAGAACACGUCACGCUUCUACUACUACAACGCCAGCAGCCAGCUGACCGUCUGGCACCGGCCGAAGAACUGCGACAUCAUCCCGCUCGCCAAGCUUCAGACGUUGAAAGAGAGCACAGAGCUUGAAGAGCAGGUCUUGAGGUCGCCCGUUAGGAAAGAGUCCGUGGGAACGCAGACCAGAGUACGGGAGGAGCCAACAACAUGCACCGUCUCCACGCAGACAAGCCCAGCCCCGUCUCCAAGGCAACACCGCAAGCGGGAAGCGCUGCGGUGUGGGGCACAGCUGCCGCUGCACCACUACAUCCUGGAGCAGGCCAAGCUGCUGGGCUACCGGCUGGACCUGUUCGAGGACGGUUCCUCAUCCUCAGCCUCCUCUGCGGCCGGCGACUGGGGCCACGACAACGACGACGAGGAAGACUUUGCCGACGACGAGGCCAUGAGCGCCCCAUCGUCGCCAUCGUCCUCCCAGGACGAGGGAGAUGGCCACGACGCGGCUGCCGGUCGCUUCUCUGCUGAGAGUGAUAAUGGCAGCUGGACGUCAGGCUCCCCUGUCGGCCAUCCUGCAGCCACGCAGCAUGCUUCCCUGCGGCGAGUUGGUCACUCCAGGCCAGAUGGUGGAAGCCUGCUGGAGAAGUCACAGUCAUUCCAGGUGGCGGGGGGCUCUCGGGAGGCAUCACCCGCCCUGCGGCCGCUGUCCGCCGAGCGCAAGCCGCCGUCAGAGAGUGACAUUGUCCAGUAUGCCCAGGACAACCUGAACCGGCACAAGCGGGGCCUGUUUCGGCGAAAGUUCUCCCUGCGAGACAUGCUGUCCUGGUCCAAGGACCCCAUCCGCCAGCCCAUGAUCAUGACUACCGACAAGUCCCUCAAGCACGACGCCUGCCACCUCUUCAAGCUCAUACAGGCAUACAUGGGCGACCGCAAGUGGAAGGCCACACCCGAGCAGGUGUCGGUGGAGAUCGCCACCCGAGGCUGGAGCCAGGCGGCGCUGCGGGACGAGCUGUACAUGCAGAUCUGCCGGCAGACGACGGACAACCCACGUGCUGAGAGCCUGCUGCGUGGCUGGGAGCUUAUGGCCGUCUGUCUGGGCAUCUUUCCCCCAUCGGCCACCUUUCGGCCCUACCUGGAGAGCUAUGUCCAGCGGCACCGGGACGACAUGGCAGUGGGCGCCUAUGCCGGUGCCUGCGCGCAAAGGCUCGAGCGCGGCGCCCAGUGCGGGCCCAAGCGAGGCUUGCGGCGGCCCACAGCCGAGGAGGUGGCUCAGUCGCGGGCGCACCUCUUCCGGCCCUCCAUGUUUGGCAGCCGUCUGGAGGAAGUGAUGGCGCUGCAGUGCGAGCGCUUCCCCGACCGCUGCCUCCCCUGGGUGCAGACGACCCUGUCGGAGGCCGUGCUGCGGUUGCACGGUGCCCAGACGGAGGGCAUCUUCCGUGUGCCGGGAGACAUCGACGAGGUCAAUGCCUUAAAGGUGCGGCUGGAUGAGUGGCAAACGGUGGACUGUGCCAACGGCAGCGACCCGCACGUGCCGGCGUCGCUGCUCAAGCUGUGGUACCGAGAGCUGCACGACCCGCUCAUACCGGCUUCCCUGUACCAGGAGUGUGUUGACUGCUGCGGCGAGCCCCAGGUGGUGCUGGCACUGGUUCGGCGCAUGCCCGAGCUAAAUCAGCGUGUCCUCGCCUAUCUCAUCCGGUUCCUGCAGGUUUUUGCUGCCCCUGAAAAUGCUGCACUGACGAAGAUGGAUGCCAGCAACCUGGCCAUGGUGAUGGCACCCAACUGCCUACGCUGCACGUCGGACGACCCGCGGGUCAUCUUUGACAACACUCGCAAGGAGAUGGCAUUUGUGCGAACCCUCAUUCAGACGCUGGACACUAGCUUCAUGGAGGGCGUCCUAUGACCCCCGCUAAUCCACGCUGACCUUAGCUGCUCCAAGCAGCGCUGUAUCAGCAGAUGGACGGGCUAGUUCAUUGUUCGCAUUCUUCAUUGUGACGAGAGUCCGUGUGACAAAAGACUGGUGGCAUUGAAAGCCUGAGGCAGCUCGAAGCAAGCACGGAGGCCAUGGAUGUGAUAGCAAUGGCAGUAGGAGGAAGAGCCGAACAGUGUUGUUGGGAACAUUUGCAGCUCGGUCUUGCUUGACUGCCAACAAUGGCCAGCAGAGUAGUAGGCAGUGGCUUUUUGAUGCCGAUUGAUUUAAACAUUGCCUCAGUACGCUAUCUUGGGUAGGUCAAGUGUCGAACAGACGAUGGAGGAAAUGUCUCGCGGAAGCUUCUCAGCCCCUGCUACUCCCGAGGAAACUAGCAUUAUUUCGAGCUAGUUAGAACUCCCAGUAUGUAUUAAUGUAACAUCUAUGUUUGGGCGAGUUUGAGUGUGCAAAAGCAUGCAGCAAGGAAGCUGUGUAACUUGGCAUUAUAUGUUCCCAG